UGGUGACUGUUAAGCUUCUUUCACUUUCAUGUCUAAGAAAUGAGAGCAGUUAUGGAGGUUUUUCCUCAAAGGCACAUUAUCCAUCAAUGCCCAAAUACCCAAAGGGUUUUUCUGUAUCUUCUGGUGAAGAAAAAAAGGCAAUUUUUUCAGUUAAUGGUAUGAGUUGUUCUGCAUGUGCUGGUUCUGUAGAAAAGGCAAUUAAAAGACUUUCUGGGAUUAAAGAAGCUGUAGUUGAUGUUUUGAAUAACAAAGCUCAAGUUAUUUUUUACCCCACUUUUGUCAAUGAGGAAAUAAUCCGUGAGACAAUAGAAGAUGUUGGGUUCCAGGCUACCUUGAUUACCGAGGAGACAAAUGAGAAAACUUCCCAAGUCUGCCGGAUACGUAUAAAAGGAAUGACCUGCACUUCUUGCUCCGCAACUGUUGAAUCUGCUUUGCAAUUGAUCCCCGGUAUACAGAAAGCACAAGUUGCAUUAGCAACCGAGGAGGCUGAAAUCCAAUAUGAUCCGCAGAUAUUAACUCACAAUCAGCUUUUAGAAGCCAUAGAAGAUACUGGAUUUGAAGCUAUAUUAAUUAGCACAAGAGAAGAUAGGAGCAAAAUAUUGCUGAAAGUUGAUGGAGUACACACUGACAAUUCCAUGAGCAUUAUUGAAAGUUCUCUUAGAGCACUCCCAGGUGUUGAAGACGUUGAUAUUGAUCCUGAGCUGAAGAAGUUGUCUGUUUCUUAUAAAUCAGAUACAAUAGGACCUAGAGAUUUUAUUCAAGUAAUUGAGUCAACUGAUUCUGGAAGGUUCAAGGCAACAAUAUUUCCUGAAGGAGGUGGGGAACAAUCCCAUAGACAGGAGGAAAUCGAAUACUGUCGUCGAUCCUUUCUCUGGAGCUUGGUUUUUACAAUUCCUGUUUUCUUGACUUCCAUGAUCUUCAUGUAUAUUCCUGGUUUGAAGGAUGGAUUGGAUAUUAAAGUUGUGAACAUGCUUAGCAUUGGAGAGAUUUUGCGGUGGGUGCUUUCUACUCCCGUGCAAUUCAUCAUUGGACGACGUUUCUAUUAUGGUUCUUACAAAGCACUGUGUCAUGGUUCUGCAAAUAUGGAUGUUUUGAUUGCUUUGGGAACAAAUGCAGCCUACUUUUACUCGGUCUAUUCGGUAUUAAGAGCUGCUACUUCUCCAAGCUUCAAGUCUACUGAUUUUUUCGAGACCAGCUCAAUGCUCAUUUCCUUCAUUCUACUCGGGAAGUAUCUUGAAGUUUUGGCCAAAGGAAAGACAUCAGAGGCCAUUGCUAAACUCAUGAACUUGACUCCUGAGACAGCCUCAUUAUUACAGUUUGAUGACGAAGGAAAUGUGGUGAAAGAGGAAGAAAUUGAUAGCCGACUGAUACAGAAGAACGAUGUGAUCAAAAUCCUUCCCGGAGCAAAAGUAGCCUGUGAUGGUUUUGUCAUCUGGGGACAAAGCCACGUAAAUGAGAGUAUGAUUACUGGAGAAUCUCGGCCAGUGGCCAAAAGAAAAGGCGACAUGGUGAUUGGAGGGACUGUGAAUGAGAAUGGUGUUCUUCAUAUUAGAGCUACUAAGGUUGGAUCAGAGAGUGCUCUUUCACAGAUUGUUAGACUGGUUGAAUCAGCACAAAUGGCUAAAGCUCCCGUUCAAAAAUUUGCUGAUCGUAUUUCUAAAUAUUUCGUGCCACUAGUUAUUUUUCUCUCCUUAUCUACUUGGCUGGCCUGGUUUUUAGCUGGGAAGUACGACGGCUAUCCUAAAUCCUGGAUUCCAUCUUCUAUGGAUAGCUUUCAGCUUGCCCUUCAAUUUGGUAUAUCUGUUAUGGUCAUAGCUUGCCCAUGUGCUCUUGGUCUUGCUACUCCAACUGCUGUCAUGGUUGGCACAGGAGUUGGUGCUUCUCGAGGCGUCUUGAUUAAAGGCGGGCAAGCUUUGGAAGGCGCACAAAAGGUGGACUGCAUUGUGUUUGAUAAGACGGGGACCCUUACAAUGGGAAAACCAGUUGUUGUAAAUACAAAGCUUUUCAAAUCUAUGGUACUUAGAGAAUUUUACGAAUUGGUUGCGGCAGCUGAGCUAAAUAGUGAGCACCCCUUGGCCAAGGCAAUUGUUGAAUACGCAAAAAAGUUCAGAGAGGACGAGGAGAACCCUCGGUGGCCUGAAGUCCAGGACUUUGAGUCUAUAACUGGACAUGGUGUGAAGGCUGUUGUCCACAACAAGAAGUUAAUAGUUGGAAACAAGAGCUUGAUGUUAGAUCAAGGCGUUUCCGUUCCAGUUGAUGCCAAUGAAAUACUAGCAGAAGCAGAAGAAUUGGCUCAAACUGGAAUUCUUGUAUCAAUUGAUGGUGUACUGAGUGGAGUUGUUUCUAUAUCAGAUCCAGUGAAGCCUGGAGCUCGUGAAGUCAUUUCUCUUCUUAAGUCUAUGAAAGUCGAGAGUAAGCUAGUAACAGGUGACAAUUGGGGAACAGCUAAUGCCAUUGCUAUGGAAGUUGGUAUUAGUGAUGUUAUUGCAGAAGCAAAACCUGAAGACAAAGCCGAAAAAGUGAAGGAACUGCAGAGUUUGGGAAAAGUUGUUGCAAUGGUGGGAGAUGGAAUUAACGACUCGCCAGCACUUGUAGCAGCAGACGUUGGAAUGGCGAUAGGAGCAGGGACAGACAUAGCUAUUGAGGCAGCUGAUAUUGUCCUAAUGAAGAGCAAUCUUGAAGAUGUCAUAACUGCUAUUGAUCUUUCCAGGAAAACUUUUAGUCGAAUUCGCCUGAACUACUUUUGGGCAUUUGGUUAUAACCUUCUUGGCAUUCCAAUUGCUGCUGGAGCUCUUUUCCCCUUUACCGGAUUCCGGUUGCCACCAUGGGUAGCAGGGGCAGCAAUGGCUGCUUCUUCAGUAAGUGUUGUAUGCAGCUCUCUUUUGCUUAAGAAUUACAAGAGGCCUAAAAAACUUGAUAAUCUUGAGAUUGGAGGAAUAACUGUUGAGUCAUAAUUUAUGUAAAU